GAAAAAUUGAAAUUUUUUCGGCAUCAAUUGAGGCAGCCAGACUUUCAAGAAGCCUUGCAAAAUUUACCCUCUCCUAUUGACAAUAGUUAUAUUCUCGGCGAACUAAUCGUUGACGAAUGCAAGAUAUUAUCAUCUGCCAAAAAGCCAUUUUGGUUAGUUUGGACAAACCCGGACCCUUUACUGAACUCAGAUUCAUCCUCGAUUCAUUCACUUAUAGCGUCUCAUUCCCCUUCUGAUUUUGCCAAUCCUAUAAUUGAUAUCAAUAAGGCUGGCACUCCACCCCGUCUAAAUAAAAAACAAAAAAAUUCGCCUAACUCUUCUCCCACUGGAAGUUAUGAUGGUUCGCCCUUAAUGGAUAAUCAACCGACUGACGUUGGUUCUUUGAGAUUGCAUAAUAAAAUAAACCGUUACACUAACCUGCCAGAAGCUUCUGUGGGAUUUAGAGAAUUGAUUUUCAAAUCUGGAGACGAUUUAAGACAAGAUAUGCUAACCCUCCAAACCUUAAAGGUUAUGGAUUGGGUGUGGAAACUCGAAGAAGAUCAAGCAUCUAUAUCUAGAAAUGUCGAAUCCGAAGACAAUUUAGCUUUAGACACCCAGGGUCUCGAUUUAAAACUCCUACCAUAUGGUUGCCGUCAGACCGGUCCUGGUCGGGGUUUUAUACAAGUUGUGCCAAAAUCUUUGACUAUCAUGGCCGUUAUCGGUCAUCUGAUGACACACCAUCAGACUUCACACACUUCGGUUCCCUCUCAUAGCAGCGGGUCUUUUGGAGAAGAAAGUAUAAGAGGAAGCAUAUCGUCCGCCCUUAUUAAUAACAAUUACAACACUAUAUCAUCCGGUUCUUACGGAAUAAGUGUCAUAAGCAAGAAAAGCAGCGCCGCCCUCGCUAGCGUUACAAAUACUAACAGACUGCAUAGGUGGAUCAAGGAGAGGAACUGUGGUGCUAGGAAGUAA